UGGUGGUAGUGUAUUUCGUUUUGUCCGUGCUCGAUGCGAUCGCGUCUGUAUCGAGUGCAAUGUUUUUUUGUUUAUAAACAAAUACUUUUAAUAUAAAAAUGUGUUUGGUGAAAUAAGAAAGUUUGCUGUCGUGUAUUUUGUUAUAUUGUUAUACAAUUAAGCGGCUUUAUUUUCAUAAUGUCUAGUUAACGCAUGUUUUACAAGCGGCUUGAAGAUGGACGGGGCUAACGCUGACUCAGAUCAUUCUAUGACUUGGGAGGAUUUUUUCGGUAGUACAACAGAUCUCACACCGACGUUAAUCGGUAUAUACGACUCACUACUGGAACCUGACAAAAGUCUGAGACCCGAAGCCAAUCCGUUGGAAACAGCCAAAGAUGCAAGAAACGACCCACCCGUGCCAGACCAAACACACAUCAUGACCGACAAAACAAAGGACGAAGUUAACAAUACAAAUAUAUCAAGAUCCCCACCGAAAGAUCCUUCCAAAAUAAUUGGCGGUGUCAAAUUACCUAUCGCGACGCUGAACAAAAGUUCUUUAUAUAGUAUUCGAACUAACAGUGAUAAUAAUGGUGCUAGUGAAAGUAACAAACGUGACCUCACAACCAGUGAUAAUGUACUUGUUAAAGAUCACAAAUUAUUAAGGACUUAUAAAGAAACCAAACAAUUGUCUGAAACGACGACGUUCGAUAAUCUAUCUCCAAACGUUAAACGAAUGAUAUCGAGCGCUUCUGAGACAACUACAUUGAAGUUCCAAAAGAAAAGCGUCAGUACACUCAGAUCUUCAACGAGACAUAGAUGCAAUAUCCCUUUAGUUGGAGCUACCUCAAAGAUUUCACAAUCUGUAGAAAUUUAUGAUCAACCAUCGGGCCUUAUAAAUAUACCAAAAGCUGCAUCCGAAGAUAAUUAUGAAUCACCAUCCAAAAUAGUCGCAGUAAAACCUGAUUUUAGAAUAGAAACAGAUCAAACUUAUGAUAUACCCACGAAUAAUAGGCCAGCGAUUUACGAUGUUCCCAACUCAAAUAAAACUGCCUUCGAAUCAUUAUCUCUACCUUAUAUCGAUCAAUCUAUCGAACUCUCUAUAACGUCUAACGAUAGAGAGUUUGAUAUAAAAUUAUCAUCAAAGGAAUGUUCACCACAAAAGCUCGACCCGAGAAGUUCACCUGAAGCCUCACCCGCUAAGUCACCUAAACUUCUCAAUGUCGGGACUAACAGCUUGCACAGAAGAAACUUAAUACCAGGGAAAGAGAAUGUUCAAAAUCAGCUAAUGAAAACUGGACCAUAUCCCGAGUCAGUAGGAUCUACGGGCAACUUGAAGUCAUGUGCAGUCCCAGAAAAAGAGAUACCAAGACUUAAUCCGCCGACAGUAGAAGUAACGAGACCGCUGUCUAUGAGUUCCAUUGCUUCUUCUAGUUCAACUUCGAGUAGUGGCGUUCAAAAUAAAGGAGGAGUGAACUCCGCAUACUUGGCUUCGAUCGAGAGUCUAGACGAUCACAGUGACGUCGACAUGACGUCUGCUAAUGGCAGCAAUAACUUCGUUAAUAAUGCGGGCAUUUUGAACGCGAGCGUGUCUGAAGGGUGUUCGGAGAAUUUGCCGCAUCAGCAAACCCUGGACGAGAUGUCAGGGUUAUCGCAGCUGGAGAGAGUAUGCGCAGAGAUCGUUCAGACUGAGAAGGUCUACGUCGAAGACCUAAGGCAAGUCGUUGAGGGCUACCUGCACGUGUGGAGGCGGGACGCGACAUUCUCAGAUGAAGAAUUGUCCGAACUGUUCAAUAAUAUUGAAGAUAUAUAUGCUUUUAACAGGUCCCUCUGUGAAGAAUUGAAUACCUGCCGAUUGGACGCGACCUGCAUUGCUCGUUGUUUCGUCAACAACACUUCUGGUUUCGCUGUGUAUACAUCUUACUGUACCGGAUAUCCUCGCACUAUGGAGAGAUUAGCUGCACUCGCUUCCAAGCCUCAAAGCGCAAGGGAAUUCAGAGAGAGACAGAUGGAGUUACAACAUCCAUUACCACUGGCUUCGUAUUUGUUAAAACCGGUACAAAGGAUCUUGAAGUAUCAUCUGUUGUUACAAAAUGUGGUGAAGCAAUGCGCAUCUCGAGAGACAGAGUACGCGUUGCUCAAGAUGACCGGCAUCGCUCAACACAUCGACGAUAUGAAACGUAGACACGAACACGCUGUUAGAGUACAGGAGAUUCAGUCCCUGCUGUACGGCUGGAACGGUCCGGACUUAACCACAUACGGAGAGCUGUGUGCCGAAGGGACCUUCAGAGUGUUCGGCGCUAAGGCGAUGCGACACGCCUUCCUCUUCGAUAAAAUGCUCCUCGUCACCAAGAACAGGGAAGAUGGAAUACUCGCUUACAAAUCGCAUAUCAUGUGCAACAAUAUGAUGCUGGUGGAGUCAAUAGCUGGUGCUCCGCUCUCCUUCCAUGUGAUCCCAUGGGAUGCGCCGCGCUCUCAACUGACACUGCAAGCUCGCUCACCACGACACAAACGAGAAUGGACCUUAUUGCUCAAGAGAGUAAUUUUGGAGAAUUACAACGCCGUCAUACCAUCACAUGCGAGACAGCUGGUGAUGGAACUGGGUCAGAAUAAAACUGAUGAUGACAUGAUAGCGGAGAAAUCACACAAUCUCAUAACUCAAGCAUCAAUGAGGAAACAACUCUCAGCUCCUGAGUAUCUUGAGAAGAGAAAAGUAGAUAGAGAAAGAAGGAAAUCAUUUGAAAAUGGUAUACGAGGUCGACUGAAAAAAGGUAAUAGAAAAUACACAUUACCUAGUUCAAGGAAUGAAACACUCGAAUGUGAUUGUGCUCAAGUAUCAGCUGAGAAAGGGACAGACUAUACUUGUGACAACUGCUAUAUUGAUAUAUGUUCCGAUUGUGAAACAGAAAUAUCUAACAAGGACAAAGUCAGAGAAAGACAGUGCGAUUGUGUCAAUGAUACCAACAAAACAGGAGAUAAAUGCCCUGAAUGUGAUAGAACUCUACAUUACAUAGAUUCAGGAAGUGCGGAACAUUUGGAAAGAAAACAAAUUGGUUGCAAAUGUUCAGAUUUCAAAUCAUCACAAGAAAGCUUCAGUAAAGAAUAUCCGGGAUCUGCUUUGAACAAAACUAGAGGCUACCAUUCGUCUGAUAAUAUUAUAGGUUAUACUGAUUCAAGGACGAGUAAAGAUGAUUUGAGUGAUACCAAUAAUUCACUAUCCAGUGUUAGAAAUAUACAAAAAACUUGCUUAAAAUGUACGAAAAUUAAAGAAAAUAUUCCUGUUACUGACUCAUUACAGACUUUACAUACUAGAAGAUCCAGAUGUGUUGAUAUUGAUAGACCUAAAAUUGACAAUGUUAGAUCAAAAUCUAAAGACGAUCCACAACGAUCUAAAUUAUCCAAAAUAGGUACCUGGAGAAGAAAGUCAGAACCAGGUUUACAACAAAAUAAUAUUGGAUUCAUUAUAAAGAAAUCUCAGGACAGUGAUAUAGAUAAAAAUGAUAGUAGAGGCAACGAAAAAAUUGAAUUUGAAUGUCGAAGUUGUGGCUCUAAUAAAAUAUCUAGAAAAACUAAAAAUAGUGACGGUUCUGUAGUAUCUGAUCUUGAAGGAGAUACGAAAAAGAAAGGAAUAGCAACUGGCAUUAAAUCUAAUUUGGAAAUUAAAAUGUAUAAUACUAAAAAUAUACCAAAGAAGAUAUCGAAAAUAAAGAAAAACAGAGCAAAAGGUUUCCGCGUUACAUCUGACACUUCUACAUUCUAUACAGACUUUUCUACCGAUGUUUCUACAGAAAAUAUUUUACACAUAUCGGAAUCUAACGACAGUCUUAAUGUAGAUAAACAAUCUGAUAAUAAAGACAAAUUAAAAGUACCAGACUCGAUUAGUAAAGAUGAAGACAUAGACGAAGAAACUUACAAAAGGCUUAUAGAAAAAACAGAUUCAUUUAAAAAGAAUGAAUUAGAGAAAGUUAAAUACUUACACAAUCAAAAAGUUAUUAACGAAACUUCUGAACUUGAAGAUAAAACAUGUGAAGUUGAAGAUCAGGAAGAAAUAGCUGGCAGUUGUGAGGAAACAGAACAACCUUUGGAACAAAUUAUAUCACAACUCUUAUUAGAAAAUCGUGAAUUUCAAAAACUUCUGAAGAAACAACAACAAAGAAAUAGUGCUCAAAGACGACAUCAAAGAUUAUUAAAGUCACAUUCGAAUCCCGAUCAAGUCAUUUUAUCUAGAAACUUCGAUUCUCCUAGAUUAAUACCGAAGUAUACUCGACAAACAUCAGAGAAUUUAGAAAUACACACAAAUGAAGAUGUAGGUUCAAUAGAAUCAAAAGGAGUAGAUAAAAUAUCAGAUGAUGAUCAUAUUUAUGAAACUCUAAGAGUUGAAAGUAGAUCAGAUGAACGUUUACAUUCUUUGAAUAGUAAGAGUAAAACAAUACAUCACAAUACACACGUUCCUAGACCAAAGAAACUGCCCUCACCACCGAGUAUGAAUCCAGCAGAAAUACGUAAUAUAUCUGAAUCGGAUUACGUAUAUUUGUCAUUUAAUAAACAAAGUCAAAUAGAUGAUGAUGGUAUUUACGAUGUACCAGUAAAAUCACCACAGAAAGUAAAAUCUGCAAAUGAAUCGGAAUAUUACGUAACGAUGGAGAAAAAAGGUCCACCUUUAAAUGAAGACAUUCUCUACGAUAAUCUUAUAGAUGUCUGUAGAAGGAAUAAAGAAGUGCCUAGUAAUUUACCAUGUGAAUAUCUACCAAUGGGUCCAGAACAACAAAGCCCCAACACUCCAGAAAUUUGGCUGAGCCGUCAGAAGGAGCACUUUAAUGUGUCUAGAGAUAGAAAAUCUGGUUCUCUUCCUCGAAGUUUUCAAGUUCCCACAAAUGGCCAAGAUGAAAACAAUCUAAGCUCGUUCAAAUGCAAACCUAACGGUAGCAGCAAGACGUAUCUUAACAGAGAUGGUAAAGUCAUGAGCACUGACAGACCUUUUACAAUUGCUUCAGACCAAAGUGAACUAAGCUAUGAUGAUGUUGAAAAUUACAUGAGUGAAAAUGACAUCUUCAAAUUUUGCAAAGUUUCCAAAUCCAACGAUCCAGAUUACAGUCAAAAUAUAAGCCAGUCUACACUUGAACUUGAAGAAGAAAUAGAUAGAUGUUAUAAGAAUAAUUUCGAGAAAAUCGACAUUGAUGCAAACAAAAAUGAAACAUCAGCCAACUUACAAACGAAUUUGAAUACAUCUACCACAUCAUCUUGCGAAGUUCUACCCAUGGAGAGAGACGGUGAUAAAAAAGAUAACGAAGUAAUACAUCCCGAACAUAAAAUAUACAAGCCUACGGCGAAUGUCAUGUCACUUAAAAAUGUCCUAAGUCGCUUCAAAAGCAAAAAUCCUAACAAAAGUAAUGAAGAAUCCGAGAUAAAUGCAAACGAUCAAAGUAAUUCUGAAAAUACUAAUAAGAGUCCUACAAAUGAGAAGAGAUCCGCACUCAAUCCUAGAAGUUACUCAAGAAAUUUACUACAAAGAUUCCGAAGUAUAAUUGGAGAUGAACCCGAUGACAUACAAGCUAAAUACGAUUUGAAAGCAAAAUUAUCAGAAGAUCUACAAAAUAGGACGAAAAGCGAUAUUAAAGUAGUCAUUACGACAGAUACGAAUUCAACAACAACAAUAGAUAGCUCUACAAUUGAUGUGCUCAGUAAAAGUAUGCACGAAGGUACCACAAUGAAUGAAAAUCAGAAAGAAAAGAACCAAUUGGAAGCCUUAUCUCAUAGCUGCGAUGAUCUUGUACAGAAAACUGACAAACUAAGACCUAAUUACAGCAAAAGUAUUAGUAUGGUAACCAGCACUUCUAGCUCCGUCAGUUCCUCACCUUUGAAAUUAAAUAACAGUUCGCAUCAAAACUUAAACAAACUACCAAUAUAUAUGCAAGGCAGCAAGUAUUUAGGAGCCCGUAUCGCUCAGUCUGAUUACGUAGAUCCAACAACACUGGGUAACGACAGAAAUACUCUGAAAACUGUCAAUGUUCUUAUAAAUAAAAACGCGGUUAGACCUGACAGUCUAUUCUCUAACUCAUCUUUUGUUACUUCGUCCAGUGAAAGUACUUAUCAAGAGCCACAGACUAAACAAAAUGAAGCUAAAACGAUAGACUCAAAACAAAAUUCAGAAUCAUCGACACAGAUUAAUUCUGACGAAAGUUUUUAUGAGAAAUCCUUUGAAAAAAUCGAACACUUCACUGAUGAGGAUGUUUUUAGAGAUUCAGCUGUUUACUCCGACCAGGAAGAUUAUGAACCGAAAGAAUGCAAUGAUGACAAAAUAGUUAAUAAAACUAUAAAACGAAUCGAAAGCUUGAAACGUGAAGCUUCAGUACAAUCUAAGAAAAUAAUCAUAACUACGAGCACAAGCGAAAAGACGUGUACAAACUCUAAAGUCACAAUAACGACUAAUAAAAUCAAAGAAACUAUACAAGAUACAAAGAUGCAUGAAGUAACAAAACCUGUUAAAGCUAAAAUAGCUCCACCAGUUCCAGUCAAACCUAAAAUCGGAAAUAUAUCACAAUCUACUGCAUUAAAAAACAAAGACAUUGACAAAUCAGAACAAUCAACAUCUGAUUCAGUUAACAAAUUAACUGUUAAACGAAAUGUUAAUACUAAAACAUAUAUCACAAGAUCUGAGUCAAGUACUACAGAAAGCACAAGAAGAGUCACUGCGGAGAAAUCUAGCACUGAAAAAGAAACGAAAGAUGGUGUCCAAAAUUCUAAAGACGAUUGUAAAAUUAUAAGCAAUAAAUUAAAUCAACAGGGUAAUAUACAAUUAAAACGAUUAAGUUUCGAACGAGCAAGUCUCGAUUCUGCGACAAGAAAAAUUAAAUUACAAACAGAGAAUCGACCAUCAGAAACACCUAAAAAAGCUGCAAAAACUGUUUUAGAAAGACGAAUGGAAUUAGAAAUGAUGACGAAAUCCCAAGUAAAAUUAAAUCCAGGUUUAAAGAAACCAUACAAUAAUAAACCUAAAUCGAUUACGACAAAAGUUGCUUCAUUUGAAAGAAGCGUCAGCGAAAAUCAUAGAGAAUUGAAAAUAACACCGAGUAGUGGCUCAGAGAGAGAUAACAUUCCUGUCAAUAGAAGCAGCAUUGAACAAACUGAAGUCACAGAUGAUCUAAAAGGCAGUUGGGUGAAACAAGUCGUUAAUAAAUUCCAAUAAUUUAUAGAGUGAUAAUUGAAUGCAUUUAAAAUUAUUCCGUCUUAUUUUCUCACUCACAUUCUCAUUAACAAUAUUGAUUAAAUAGUAUUUUUUUAUACUUAAGUUAAACUACUAACUUAUUUGACCCGGUGGACUUAAAUGAAAGUAAAUUUAAUACAUUAACGCCCUAACUUAAAGCCUUGUCAUUGGGCCUACACAAAAAAUCUCAUACUAAUUUUGAAAAUUGACUUUUUUCAUUACUUGAAUAGACAUACCUUUAUAGGUUUUACAUAUUUUCUGUCAGAACUAACUACGAUAAUAACGUCUCUCACCGGGCCAGAUUUGUUCCACUAUGCGUUACGUUGCUAUUUCAUAGAUUAUAUUUAUUGUACAUAUCGUUUUAUAUCAAUUCUCCAAUGAGUUUUGAUAUCCUGUGCCAUAGACAAGAUAGUUUUAUAUUGGUAUAACACUAUUAAAUCUUCGCAGGCGCACAAUGUAUAUAAAAUGUUAAUAUGCUUAUUUUGCUACGUAUUUAUU